GGACAGCGCCUUCUGUUUCUCAGAAAGGAUUGCGCCCCCAUGCUUGUGACCACUGUGGUAAAUCGUUUCUUAGGAGGGACCAUUUGCAAAGGCACAUUGAUUGUGUUCAUCUGGAACAAAGAGCUCACUCAUCUUCACGUAAACUCUGUCCACUUGAAAUUGCAGCCUCACAAAUGUAA